CACUUGGCCUCAACUCUAGAACCGACCGAAUCGACCUGCGAUAACGUCAAAAUCAUGCGCUUCUCAAUCGCAUCGUCCCUACUUUUCCUAACUAGCGUGGCUAGCGCUGCCUCGUCUUGGAGUUUCACCGAUGGCUCCGUCACUGUCGGCUCCAAGAGAGCCCACGGCGUUACUGCCAAAUUUAGCGAUCAGAAGCCUACCAAGAAGCCUCUCGUUCUAGGCAAGACGGAUACCAUCAAGGUCUCGUUGACCACAACCGAAGCUGGCGAGCCAAAGCGACCUCACCAGGCAUUCCUCAUCCUCACUGAGUCAACUGGCCUCGAGGCCCCGUUCCCUCUCAAGAUGAAGGCGUCUGGAAAGGGCGAGGCCGAAAUUUCACAAAAGGAUCUCCCUAUCCAGCUGCUCCUCUCCGACGAACCCAUCAAAGCCAACCUUGUCCUGGGAUCAUUCGGCUCAUCCAACCCUCUCAUCUCCCCCGUCUUCGAUAUCGAGGUUCAGCUUGACUCCAAUGCUCCUUCACCUCAGUAUGAGGCUCCCGUCCGAUAUGGUCCCCGAGCCGAGAUCGACCAUAUCUUCAAGGUCGGCGACUCGAGUCCUCCUAUGGUUGUCACUCUUGUCUUUGUGCUCGCUAUAGUGGCUAGCGUUCCUGCUCUUUUCCUCGGCUGGCUCUUCCUUGGUGCCAACGUCAACCAUUUGCCCAAGGCCCUCAAAGCUGCACCCAUCUCUCAUGCCGUUUUCUUUGGCUCCAUUGUCGGCAUCGAGGGCACGCUGUUUCUCUACUAUGCCCAGUGGAACCUCUUCAAGACCUUGCCUAUCGUCAUUGUCCUUGGCGUAGUGUCGCUUCUGAGUGGAACCAAGGCUCUGAGCGAGGUCCAGAGCCGACGUCUCGCUGGAGAGAGGUAAUAUGGUUGCAAUGUUAAAAAGUAACUGCUUGGCAUGAUAGAAGGGCUGAAGCUCGAAACCAAUCAUCGCAAGUCGAUGUUGGUAGAAAGCCAGGGGAAGAUAGAUCUCUUACUAAAAGAACAGCUAUUGCCCGGAUGCGGGUAUCGCCAUGUUUACAAUGGAUGUUCCAUGAUGGGAAUUUCUGUAACACCAAAAGUCUAUCAAUCAAGAGGUUUUAGGACGGGUAACUUUGCCCAAGAGUUGAAAUGAUGCCAAGUUCUAGGCAUGCAAAAUGGAUGUACAUUAUGAUAGACACUGGAAAUGGAGUCGGAUUUGGUGACUUUUCAA